AUGCACAUCUUAAACUUCAUCAAUGGUCUUGUUGUUCUUUUUCUGGGGCAGCUUUUGUUUGAAGGGGUUGUGAAUCACAAGAGUGAGUACAUAUCUGCAGUUGGUGAUCCAGAAAUGAGAAGAGACAGUCUUCGGGUUGCGAUAGAGUCAUGGAAUCAGUGCAAUGAGGUUGGACAAGACAAUCCUCAGACAGGUAGCCCAAGAGCUGCUGAUUGCUUUGACAUAUACAAAGUUUAUUCUCCACAGACAAACAGUGAUGACAGUUGCUCUAUCUGCAAUGAGAUUCCCUAUGUAUUAGUCCACAGAGUUACAGAUGCAGACAACAAGUUAAGGACAGGAGAGCCGUUUCUUGGUCUACAACCGAAGUCUCAGUUUGAUGUAGACCUUUACGCAGAGGAUAAGGAACUCUAUUUGGGAUCUAAAUGUGAAGUUGAUGACACCCCCAAUCCAUGGCAGUUUUGGAUGAUCAUGCUCAAGAGUGGCAACAUGGACACUAACGCUGCCAAAUGCCCUAAAAAUGGCCACAAAGUUGGACCAUUUAGGCCUGACUACAAUGCCUUUCCUUGUUUCGGAGAGGGCUGCAUGAAUCAGCCAUAUAUAUACCAUGACUAUACCAAGUUGCAAUGGCCUGAUAUAACUACUCUAAAGGGAAGGUUUUUCGGGUCGUGGGACUCAAAUUGGGAUAUGAGUAGAGGAAUGGUGGAGAACACUUCUUACUAUUCUGUUACUUGGGAAAAGAAAAUUGGAGAAGGAAGUUGGGUUUUCCACCAUGUCUUGAGGACUUCAGCAAAGUAUCCAUGGCUGAUGCUUUACUUGAGAUCAGAUGCCACACAUGGAUUUUCUGGUGGCUACCAUUACUCUACAAGAGGGAUGUCCAAAAUUAUUCCAGAAUCACCAAAUUUUAAAGUGAGGUUCACCUUGAAUGUGAUCAAGGGAGGGGGUCCUAGCAGCCAGUUCUACCUAAUGGACAUGGGGAGCUGUUGGAAGAACAAUGGGCAGCCUUGUGAUGGCAAUGUGACUUCAGAUGUCACCAGAUACAGUGAAAUGAUCAUAAAUCCACAAGCAUCUGCAUGGACUUGGGAGCUUGAUGUUGGGAGGUUAUCACAAUCACUUUACUUUUACCAGGAUCCAGGAACUAGACCAGCUAGAAGGCAAUGGACGUCUAUCGAUUUGGGGACUGAAAUUUUCAAAGAUCCUGAUCAAGUUGCUGAGUGGACUGUUAGUGACUUCGACAUACUUGUGCUUGAUCAAUGA